AUGGACGGGCUGCCCGGGAGGGCGCUGGGGGCCGCCUGCCUUUUGCUGCUGGCGGCCGGCUGGCUGGGGCCCGAGGCCUGGGGCUCGCCCACUCCGCCGCCCUCUCCGGCCGCUCCGCCGCCGCCGCCGCCGCCGCCCGGGGCCCCGGGAGGUGUGCAGGACACCUGCACGUCGUGCGGCGGCUUCCGGCGGCCCGAGGAGCUGGGCCGGCUGGACGGUGACUUCCUGGAGGCGGUCAAGCGGCACAUCUUGAACCGCCUGCAGAUGCGGGGCCGGCCCAACAUCACGCACGCCGUGCCCAAGGCCGCCAUGGUCACGGCUCUGCGCAAGCUGCACGCCGGCAAGGUGCGCGAGGACGGCCGCGUGGAGAUCCCGCACCUCGACGGCCACGCCAGCCCGGGCGCCGACGGCCAGGAGCGCGUCUCCGAGAUCAUCAGCUUCGCCGAGACAGAUGGCCUUGCCUCCUCCCGGGUCCGCCUGUACUUUUUCAUCUCCAAUGAAGGCAAUCAGAACCUGUUCGUCGUCCAAGCCAGCCUGUGGCUCUACCUGAAGCUGCUGCCCUACGUGCUGGAGAAAGGCACCCGGAGGAAGGUGCGAGUUAAGGUGUACUUCCAAGAGCAGGGCCAUGGUGACCGGUGGAACAUGGUGGAGAAGAAGGUGGAUCUCAAGCGCAGCGGCUGGCACACCUUCCCGCUCACUGAGGCCAUCCAGGCCCUGUUCGAGCGAGGGGAGCGUCGGCUCAGCCUGGACGUGCAGUGUGACAGCUGCCAGGAGCUGGCCGUGGUGCCUGUGUUCGUGGAUCCAGGGGAGGAGUCUCACCGCCCCUUUGUGGUGGUGCAAGCACGGCUGGGUGACAGCAGGCACCGCAUUCGCAAGCGGGGCCUGGAGUGCGACGGCCGGACCAACCUCUGUUGUAGGCAGCAGUUCUUCAUCGACUUCCGCCUCAUCGGCUGGAAUGACUGGAUCAUCGCGCCUACUGGCUACUAUGGGAACUACUGUGAGGGCAGCUGCCCUGCCUACCUCGCAGGCGUCCCCGGCUCUGCCUCCUCCUUCCAUACUGCUGUGGUGAACCAGUACCGCAUGCGGGGACUCAACCCCGGCACGGUGAACUCCUGCUGCAUCCCCACUAAACUGAGCACCAUGUCUAUGCUGUAUUUCGACGACGAGUACAACAUCGUCAAGCGGGACGUGCCCAAUAUGAUCGUGGAGGAGUGUGGCUGCGCCUGACGUUGGCGGGGCUGCAGUGGUGGGGUGUGGGGACAGUCCUGGAAAGGCUUCUUCCCGCUCUGAAGAUGACGGGAGUGGGAUGUGUGGUGGGCAGAACGGGGUGGUUCUCUUGGGCUGCCCAGGAGAUGCCAGAGAGAGGACUGAGCUAUUUCCCUCUGACUUCAUCGAGCAUUUCAGUUGAGACCAGACGGAGAAUCCUCCAGCAACACAAAAUACUUGCAAACGCACACGUAGACACGCACAGCCAGACGCAGCCUGCCACCCACACAGCGGCCUCCGGGAUACUAGCAAGUGGAUGCGGUGACAAGUGGCAGCUUAGCUACCAAUGCCUGUCAGCGGGAGAGAAUGGGGUCAGCAGCCCCAGUCCACCAGCUGGGCUGGAUCACUCUAUCACACCUUCCUGCACAUAAAAGCACAAAGACAGAGACACAAAGUGCACAGGAGCCACCAAGUGGGAGAGGAGAUGCAGGCUGGCCAGGGUGGCAGGCUGAGGACCUUUGUGUCCCUGUUGGCCCUGUGCAAGGCCUGUGAUGCCUCAGUAUCUCCUGGUUUCAGUGUCCCUGCCUGGGACCCUUCGAGGAUCUCAGCCACCUUUCGCCACCCUCCUCUAAGGAAAGAGGCCCAGAAAGGACCCAAGCUGUGGGCUGUGGAGCAGUGGCAAUGACAGUUAGACUUGCUGAGGUCCCAGGCCUGACUUCCCUGUGUGUUUGUUUUCAGAGUGGGGGGAUUGGAGAAGGGUCUUUGUUUGAUGCUUUAACCUAGCACUAGCAGUUAACAGGUCAUUCCAGUUGUAUAAAUGAAAAGGGACUUUGCUACUAGGUGUGACCUUUUAAGUUAAAAGGGGAAUGGUUUUGACCAGGAAGAAGAAAUUUGCCAUCUGUGCCCUUGUCUGGGGGAUAUUCUUCCUUGAGGGUUGGGUGGGGACAGGGGUGGGUUGGGGAAAUGACCCUUAGGGAAGUGGAGGAGCCCAGAGGAGGAAAUGGUGGAGGCAUUCUGGAAAUAUUGGGGGUGGGGUACCCAUCGGCAAGGGGCACCAAUCAGUAAGGGGCAAGAGAGAGGAGCAGUUUAGCUGGCCAUGGGGAGGAAAAAAAAAAGGCUUUCAGCUGCUUGGUAGAAGAAGUUGCUCAUCUGGAACCCAGGUCACAGGGCUGACCACCAAUGUGGCCCCUCCCGCUCACCUGCCUGCCUAACUUAACACCUAUAGCCCUUGCCUGGCUGCCUGACCACAUAGGAUCUAUUUGUCCAUCUGUGUAUAUUCAGAAGGGCUUUUGGCAGAGCGCUGCACCUGCUGCCCCAGACAUCCCAGUGCCACGUGAACUAUGCAAUUUAAAGGGUAGACCCACACUAGAUGAAACUGGACUCGUACGACUCUUUUUAUAUUUUUUAUACUUGAAAUGAAAUCCUUUGCUUCUUUUUUAAGCGAAUGAUUGCUUUUAAUGUUUGCACUGAUUUAGUUGCAUGAUUAGUCAGAAACUGCCAUUUGAAAAAAAAGAAGUUAUUUUUAUAGCAGCAAAAAAAAAUACAGUUAAAUGUAUUAUACAUAAUUUUGGAACCAAAGAGGCCAGCAGAUCAGUUUUAAUUUUUAUUAGAUGGUGAGGCCAUCUUAUGAGGUAAAUGUUCUGAACAAUCCCUUGAGUGGCCUGCCAACGUUUCAGGGUAUAAAUGGAUUUUGUUUAUUAAGUUUGAUGUGUCUUUUCUAUCUCACACACCCAGAAGGUAGAGUAAAAUGAACUGGUAGAAUGCAGGUGUGUAUCCUUAAAUCCCCAUCUUUAUGUUUAUUUAAUAAAGCUCCCCCUUAGGUUCUGUUUCAUAAUAAUUUAAAACCAAACAAUUUUUUCCCAUAGACUUGCUGUUAAAAGUAUUUUACAUUUGUGUACAGUUUAAGAAAAUAAAAGAUUGGGUGCCAUGGG